AGACGGAAAUUAAUUGAUGAAACCUCAGUAGAAGAGGAAGGGCGAAAUUUUUUCCAUCGCGCUCCCUCCUGCCUUUUGCUGCUUCUGCUGGUUCCUGUGGUGGUGUUAGCAGAAAUAGCAGCAAGAGGGCUUCGAUUGUGUGAUUUUUUAAAAGAAGGGAAGAUGGAGUUGGGAGAGCUGUGGGCGAUCUUUGGUCCUGGCUUCGCCGGUGCCGUAUUCGGUGCCGGCUGGUGGUUCUGGGUCGAUGCCGUUGUCUGCAGUUCCGUCAAGGUCUCCUUCGUUCAUUACCUCCCUGGGAUUUUCGCAUCGCUGGCUGCUCUGAUGUUCAAUAGCGUCAGAAAAGAAGACAUUGAUUACUCUCCCUACGAAGAAGGAGAGUGGAGAUUGAAGCUUUGGCUUUUCUUUGCUUAUGUUGUAUCAUUUGUAUCUCUAGCGGCAUCCGUGGGCUUAUUGGUACAAGAUUCACUUGUGAAAUCUGGUCCCUCUGUGUGGACAGGCGUUGCAGGUGUCUUGCAAUGUGUGUUUGUAUUGAUCAGGUACAUGUUUACUUGCUGUUUAAUUGCCUUCACAUCAACAUGAUCUCCUGGAGUUAUUUCAGUAAAUGAUCCUAAUAGUAUUACUGUACAUAUACUUAUUUCUUAAUUAUAAUAUCAUUAUGAAUUUUUUGGAGAAGAAUUUGCUGAGUUGGGUUGCAAUGUUAAACAAGGAGCGCAAAGUGAACAUAUAAAAGUUGCUGGUAGGUGUUGGAUCUCCUUUUUAUGAUCCUAAUAGUAUAACUGGACAUAUACUUAAUCGUAUGUUUGGUUAUCAAAGGGUUAUUGUGUGCUUGUCAUUUUCCUAUCUGUCGAAUGGAACGAUGAAUUAGUUUAAAAAGAAUUUUUCAAUUAAAAAAUAUAGGUAGGUUCUUUAUAUAUGUAUGAAAUUGAAACUUCCAUGUAAAUAUUACGUCGUAUUUAGAUUUUAAAAGUUAAAACUACUAUGCUUAUGAUUGCUUGACCAAUACAGUUUUUGCAUUGGUCUACCCAUGAAGUGGCUUCAUGUCUGCACAGUAUGAAUUGACGAGGAUGUUUGCAUUGUGUAUGUUUCCUGUGUCCCUAUUUACUAUUCCCCUCAAAUAUUAAAUUUUGCAUAAUGUAUGGAACCUUUUAUUUAAUUUUUAACUUUCCCCUUCAAGAAAGAGUUAUGAGGUUAACAGUAAACACGGAGUAAUAUAGGGAAGAAUGAUUAUUCUCUUAAAAGAUUGAGUUAUUGACUUAAAAGGAUUUAAGGACUUCUUGUGGGCAUCAAAGUUCAGGAAAUCAAAAGCAUUUGCAAUAAAAUCCGAAAUCUACAAUUAUCUAAUAUUCAUCAGAGAGCUGAGCAAUGUUUAAAAUGGCCAAAUUGUUAAGACAUUGGUGAACCUUUCCAGUUUUUACCUGGGUUGUACAAUGGCGGCUUAUAACUGUCGCUUGACACAUUUAAAUAACACAAAUUUAGUGCUUAGGUUGGCCCCACCCUUCUUUAUACAAAUGUAAAAUUUCAAGACAAUAAGAGCUCGCCAUGUGGCAAAUAGAAAGCCUUGAACAAUGGUUGAGACUUGAAGAAAUGAUCAAGACAGCUAACUGUUGAAAACACGGGGAAAUAUCCCAUAAAAGUUGGACCACAAUUUUUGGCAUGUUGCAGAUGGGCAGCGUAUCUUUCCAAUGGUUCAAAUUGGAUAAAAAGCACGUCAUCCAUACAUAUGCCCCUUAGGCAUCUCUUAAUCAGCACAAUGGCCAUUCUGCUCCACUUUUGCCAUAAAAUUUAGUACUUCUACAUUUGUUUUCACUGAAAUAAUUAAAUGUAUUAACAUAGUAUGAGAGUGUUAUUAGCAUCCAGCAGGACAAUUGACUGUAACUAUGCCUAUUGAGGAAGGGGGCACUUGACAUCGGCAAUGUAGAAAUAAGGAACUUGUGUUUGCUAGCCAAGUUGUAUUGGAGGUUCCUUGAUGAAUGGGAAAUCCUGACAUGAGGUCAUUGCUUCCAUUUAUGGGAUCUUACAUAAUGGUUGGAACACUGAUGAAGCAGAAAGAGUGACUUGAGGGCUUGAUGUAGGGGGGUUCCUAGAUGACUAGGUCUCCUACAAGAUUAACUAACUAGAUAGGUGAACUCAAGGGGCAUAGGUAAAUAAGACCAAAGAAUUUCAGCAAACACGAUUAAGCAUGCAAGAUAAAGCGAGACUAAUAAACAAAGUAGCCAAAAGCAAUAUUAAUCUAGACAGAAAAAGACAUAAAUUCUUACUCAAGUUUCAAGUGGGGACAUGGGGAAGGGAACAAACGACAUAUGAAUAUUAGGUUCAACACAAAUCCAUCUAGACACCCAACUUAGAUAUGCAACAAUCGAUAAAAUAGGCAUAAACAAAGGGCAAAUGCAGACUUCAACAUUAAUGGGUUGCAAUAUAUAUAAUAGGGAUUAAGGGAGGUGGGGAGGAUUUAGUUUAGUACUUUACCAUACUGCUAUUCAGAUCUGAGGAGAGAAGAAGAAAUCCAGAUUCUCCAAAAUAAAGAGGUUUUAGUCCACUUUUGUUGAAGAAGAUAUACCCAACCAAUUGUAGAGAGAGUAGCAGCAGUGAUGUAAAGGCAGCAGUGUGCAGCGGCAGCAGUAUUGUAACGGCCGUAGUACGUAGCAGCAGCAGUGAGGUAGAGGCAGCAGUUGCAGCAGAGCAGUUUUAUACCGGCAGAAUUAUGUUGCAGCAGCAGUGGGGUAAGGCAGCAGGUGCAGCAGAGCAGUUUUGUACCGGCAGAAAUAUGUUGCAGCAACAGUGGGGUAAGGCAGCAGGUGCAGCAGUAAUAACGCAGCAGCAGGUGCAGCAGUAAUAACGCAGCAGAAG